AGCAGCAAUGUACGCGUGAAUGAUUUAUAUAUUUGCAGAUUAAAUUUCAUAAAUAUAUAUAUAUAUAUAUAUAUACUUCUUCGGUAUUUAUCAUAAAAAUGAAACGGAAUACAACAAAUCAUUCGCAUCAUGAUGAGAGAUUUAGACAAUCACGCAGUGAAGAUAGCGAAACUGGUCUGCGUUCAAGAACACAAGAAGAACGAUUACGACGUAGACGCGAAUGGAUGAUACAACAAGAACGGGAACGAGAACACGAAAGAUUGAAGAAAAAAAUGAUUUUAGAAUACGAAUUACGACGUGCUCGUGAGAAAAAAUUAUCGAAAAGAAGUAAAAGUAGAUCCCCAGAAAGCCGAGGUAGAAGUAAUGCAUCAAACACGUCUAAAACAUUUAUAUUAUCUGAAAAAUUAGAAUCUUCAGAUGGUACAUCUUUAUUUAGAGGACCAGAAGGUACUCAAGUUAGUGCAACAGAACUACGAAAAAUUAAGGUAGAUAUUCAUAGAGUUUUGCCAGGAAAACCAACAACAACAUCUGAUGAACUUAAACGGGAUAUUAUCAAUCCUGAAGAUGUGAUGCUCAAAAGAAGAACGGGAGAAGGAUCUAAGCCUAUAUUUGAAAGAGAAGAAAUAAAAAAUAUAUUAAAUAAAACAAAUGAAAUUACAGAACAUCGUACAGUUUUAGCUGUAAAUAUUGAAAAAUCAGAAAACGAAACUAAAACAUGUAAAAAAUAUGCUAUUUCGUCAAAUUCUUUAAGAAGUCGAAGUCGUAGUUUUCAACGUACAUCAUCCUGUCAUUCCAGAUAUGAAGAUUCAAGACAUGAAGACAGAAAUAGUUAUAGAAAUGAUGGGGAAAGAAGUUGCAGUAGAGAUAGAAGUAGAGAAUACAAAAAAAAGGAUAGACGAUAUGAUCAAUUGCACAAUGUAGAAGAAAAGCAUUUACGAGAAAGAACAAGUCGUAGACGUUAUUCCCGUUCAAGAGAACGAGAGCAAAAAUCAUAUAAAAAUGAAAGAGAAUAUCGAGAAUAUCGAGAAACAUCGAGAGAAAGAUCUCGAGAUAGAAGAGAACGAGGAAGAUCUAGAGAACAUAGAAUAAUUCCAUCUCAUUAUAUUGAACAAAUUCCUGUUCCUGUUUACUAUGGGAAUUUUCCACCAAGACCAAUAAUGGUUAGACCUUGGGUUCCAAUGCGGGGUCAAGUACCAGGAUCUAGACAUAUUGGUCCACUAACACCAUUUCCACCACGAUUUAUUCCUCCAGAUAUGUAUAGACUUCGUCCACCUCCAAAUCCUAGAUUUGGACCUAUGUAUUAAUGACAAAUGUGAAAAUUUUAUAAUAUGCCAAUAAUGAAUAAUGAAUUGAAUAAUAUUGAAUAAUGAAAUAUGAGAUGACAUUUGAUAAAAAAUAAGAAUUCUAAAAUUUGUCAUGAUAUAUCGAGAUUGGAUAACUAGCAGCUCACAAGUCAAUUGUAUAUUAUUUCGUUUGUUUAAAAAAACUG